UAUACGCACACGCACGUAUCUGUGAAGUGCGUGCGCGUGUAUCAAUCCCUCACUGAGCCCAUUGUCUCUGCCGCCGUCACGGCCGGUACAAGGAGGGCAGAGGACAGAAGGCGGCAUUACUUUUGCCGAGGCCACAGCACAGCGCGAUCAUGAAUAGCCGUAUGUUAGCCGUGCUUCUAUUUGCCGUGUUGUCUUCGGCCCGCUCCUCAACCAGGAAAGUGGGUCUCGCCAGCAAAGUCCUGGUCUUCCCUUACGAGACGGAUUUCAGCUACGUGACACUGAUGCCGCUGAAGGAAAUGGCGCUCAAGGCCUUCACGCUGUGCAUGCGCGUGGCCACCGAGCUGCCCGAAGAGCGCCAGAUCAUCCUUUUCGCCUACCGCACGGCCGACUACGACGAGCUCAACGUGUGGCGCGAGAAGGACGGACGCGUCUCGUUUUACAUGAGCGGAGACGGCGUUUUCUUUUCCCUCCCGCCGCUGGGCACCUUCCGCACCAGCCUGUGCCUGACCUGGGAAUCCGUCGCCGGCCUCACCGCCGUUUGGGUGGACGGGAAGCGCAGCGCUUAUCAAAUAUACAAACCCGGACACGGCAUUCGUCCCGAAGGCACCGUCCUCCUCGGGCAGGACCCCGACAAACAUCUCGGCGGCUUGGAGGCCCUGCAGAGCUUUGUGGGGGAGAUGACUGACGUGAAUAUGUGGGACUACGUCCUCUCCCGGAGCAUGAUCCAAGCCUGGCAUUACGGUAACAAGGUCCCCAAAGGCAACGUCUUUGACUGGGCCACCGUUGAUUAUGAGCUGAACGGCAAUGUCGUGGUGGUGGAAGAUGACUGACUCGCCGUGAACUCCCGCGGAGGGAUGUGUGACCUCUACGGUGGAGUGCCUCUCAUAUUUGUCAUGGUUUUACUUAUAUUCUGUCUUACUUUGCAUUAGCCUUACGUCGGUGGGUCUCGAACUGGGGUCAAGGACUCAUGGUGGUCGACGAUCUGUAGCCUGGGGAACAAAAUGGGUUUUAAAAAAACAAACAAACACUAAACUAAUGCUGAUCUUGUCUAAAUUGACAGAAAAAUGUCAGGUAUAUAAAUUUAGCCUCCUGCUAAGCUAUCUGAGAUUUUUUAAAAAUACAUUAUUCGAACUUCAUAAGUAAUCAUUUUUGGACAAAUUAAGCGGAAUUGGAUAGUAUCUGACAGUCGAGGAUUCUAACGAACAGUCUGUAUGUAUUCUUGUAGCAUUUGAGUGAGAAUAUUUGCUACUUGAAGGAAUAUCACUUCGCAAAUUUUUUAUAAGGCCUCCAACAAGAUUUUACUUUGCUAGCAUUAGCACUGGCGAUGUUUCUCAAACGUCUAGUAUUUAAAUGUACGGCGUGUGUCAUUCUUUUCGUGCGGGUUUAAUUAAACUCCCAAUUUUAUUAAACAACUUAAAGCUGGUGUGCUUGCCUUGGCCGCUAGGGGGCAGUAAUAUACAUACACUACAUAGGACAUGUAGAUUUAACAACGAAACAAGUCGUUAUUAAACUUGUAGCAUUUGAGUGAGAAUAUUUGCUACUUGAAGCAAUAUCACUUCGCAAUUUUUUAUAAGGCCUCCAAACAAGAUUAUACUUUGCUAGCAUUAGCACUGGCGAUGUUUCUCAAACGUCUAGUAUUUAAAUGUACAGCGUGUGUCAUUCUUUUCGUGCGGGUUUAAUUAAACUCCCAAUUUUAUUAAACAACUUAAA